GUCAUUGUUUAUUAUCAUCGUUCUAGCCUUUUGCUUUCUUCUUCCAUCACAUUCAAGAAUCUAAUGCCAUUUGACCGUGGCCAAAAGGUUUUUUCAGCGGGCAAGAACAAAAUUCUUCCUUGGUCUGGGUGUAUUUAUAGAGAGGCCCGGUGAUCCUCGGUUCCUGGACACCAAGACCAACAGGUUAGCUUCAUUAGCUGUGCAGUUUCAGACGUUCAGAUAAAUUAGGCACACUUCAUCUGAAGAACUAGUCAGGAACUAGUGCAAGGACCCAAGAUCGAUGGCGCUGCGGAGAAUCAUCAAGGAGCUCAAGGACCUGCAGAGGGAUCCACCGACGUCCUGCAGCGCAGGGCCCGUGUCUGAUGACAUGUUCCACUGGCAAGCGACGAUCAUGGGCCCGAGCGACAGCCCCUACUCUGGAGGCGUGUUCCUGGUCACCAUCCACUUCCCUCCAGAUUACCCGUUCAAGCCACCCAAGGUGGUGUUCAAGACGAAGGUGUUCCACCCGAACAUCAACAGCAACGGCAACAUCUGCCUGGACAUCCUCAAGGAUCAGUGGAGCCCGGCGCUGACCAUCUCCAAGGUGCUGCUCUCCAUCUGCUCGCUGCUGACGGACCCAAACCCGGACGACCCGCUGGUGCCGGAGAUCGCGCACAUGUGCAAGACCGACCGCCUCAGGUAUGAGUCCACGGCAAGGGGAUGGACGCACAAGUACGCCAUGGGCUAGGCCUGAAGCUUUUAGCAGGCAGCAGGGGCCAAGAUCGUGAAUGUACCCAACAUCAAUGAACAAUAAGUUUUUGCUCUAGUUCAGUAUAUAACAGGCCUAGAGUUUUUUUUUCUUUUCUUUUGGGAACCCUAACAGGCCUAGAGUUGGAAGAUCUCCGCGGCGCAUAAAAUCAGCUUCCUCCUUCCUCACACGAAGGAUGAUAGCUAGGAACAAUCAUAUUUGCAGUUUUGAUUGAUGGCCGUUUCAUGUCUGAAAAUCCAAUGCUAAGGAUAUGUACUUGAAUCACAAUGGUGAACCAGAUUUUCUAUAA